AUCAAUAACGCAAACGACACACUACGUUCCAUGCCAACAAAGACCCAAGAAACAAAACAACCUGCAAAUUUUCUCGCGCGUUUUUUUUUUUUCGUUUCCUCUGUUUGGUCGCCAAGAAAAUGCUGGAAAGUAAAGACCCUGCCAUCAAACUCUUUGGCAAGAAAAUCCCUCUGCCUGCAGAUGCCGAGAAUCCGCCCAUCCUCUGUGAGGACUUGUCCUCCCCGGUGACAAAGGAAGUGUUUUCCAGCGAAGGAGAAAAAGAGGAGGAUUCUUCAGGAGGGAAAGCCACUGAGACCACACAACCAGAUGGGACUCCACCUCCAAGUGUAGAUGAAUCAACGGAUCCUGAAGUAUUACCGGACAGUAAUGUAAACCCCAAAACACCUUCCAUAGAUGAAGAAACUGCGAAAUCAAAGUCUUCCAGGACUGAGAAAGUUCAGAAUGACGCUUCCAAUUCACAAGAGAAGACCCUCAAGAAGCCAGAUAAAAUUCUUCCAUGCCCUCGAUGCAAUAGUAUGGACACCAAAUUCUGCUAUUACAACAAUUACAAUAUUAAUCAACCUCGCCAUUUCUGCAAAGCUUGCCAACGAUACUGGACUGCAGGCGGUACCAUGAGAAAUGUGCCAGUGGGAGCUGGGCGUCGCAAGAACAAGAACUCUGCCUCACAGUAUCGUCACAUCACCAUUUCUGAAGCACUUCAAGCAGCCCGUAUUGAUGCUCCAAAUGGAAUACACCACCCUAAUUUUAAAAGCAAUGGCAGAGUCCUCAGCUUUGGCCUAGACGUGCCAAUUUGUGAUUCCAUGGCUUCUGUAUUGAAUCUUGCAGAGAAAAAGGUAUUGAAUGGUACACGAAAUGGUGUUCAUAGUUUUGAAGAACAAGAAAUUCCAGUUCCUUGCAGAGCUGGAGAAAAUGGUGAUGAUUGCUCAAGCGGUUCCUCUAUCACUGUCUCAAAUCCAGUGGAGGAAGGAAUCAGAAAUUGCGUGCAGGAACCCUUAACACGGAAUGUUAAUGGCUUCCCUUCUCCGAUUCCAUGUCUUCCUGGUGUUCCUUGGCCUUAUCCAUGGAAUGCAGCAGUGCCCCCACCUGCCUUUUGUCCUUCAGGAUAUCCUAUGCCAUUCUAUCCAGCGCCAUUUUGGAACUGUGGGGUCCUGGGGACUUGGAACAUUCCUUGGUUGUCCCCCCAAUCUUCUUCAAACCAGAAAGCUCCAAGCUCUAGUCCUAAUUCCCCAACUUUGGGAAAGCAUUCAAGGGAGUCAGACAUGCAUAAACCAGAUGAUAUGGAACAAGAGGAACCAUCAAAACAGAAGAACGGAUGUUUAUUGGUUCCAAAAACAUUAAGAGUUGAUGAUCCAAGUGAAGCUGCAAAGAGUUCAAUAUGGGUAACGCUUGGAAUUAAAAAUGAAUCCAUCACUGGUGGAGGGCUAUUCAAGGGCUUGCAACCAAAGAGUGAUGAAAAAAGUCACAUGGCUGAAACUUCCCCAGUAUUGCGGGCAAAUCCUGCAGCCUUGUCUAGAUCAUUAAACUUCCAUGAAAGGUCUUGAAAACAAGGCUUCUUAUUUUAGGCGAAUUCAACUCGUUAGAGUGACUUUGAAUCUCUUACUGUGAUCCUUUAUGUAUCAUUUUGAUUCACUAGUCUCAUCAGUCAUCGCAUACAAGCUAAUUGACAAAAACGAAAGAGCAGAGAGGGAUAUCUGGUUUUCACUAGGAUAGAGAGAAGCUCUAGGGGGAACUAAUAGUCUUCUUGUAACAAUAUGCACAGGUGCCUUUUGAUGUACUUAGUUUGCUGAGCUUGUGUUUAUGUACAUAUCUUAUUUCGUAUCUGUGAAAUACAGUAUUAGAGUUGCAGAAAAAA